AUGGGAGCCUCGCGGUUGUGUAAUGGUUUUUCUGUCCAUUUCCUGCUUUUGCUGUUACUCAACAUUACCCACUCUUUUUCAUUUGUUCAGACACUUUGCAAUGUUGAUGAUCGCUAUGCCUUGUUGCAGUUCAAAAAGAGCUUCACUAUAAACAAAUCAGCUUCCGAAGAUCCUUUUGCUCACCCGAAGGUUGCAUCUUGGACACGAAAAGGAGUAGGGAGGAGCAAUUGCUGCUCGUGGGAUGGGGUGGAGUGUGAUAAGGACACUGGCCAUGUUGUUGGCCUUUACCUCAGAAGCAGCCGUCUGUUUGGUUCUCUCAACUCCAAUAGCGGCCUUUUCCAACUUGCUCACUUGCAGAAGCUUGAUCUCUCAGAUAAUCACUUCAAUUUCUCUGAGAUACCAUCCAGGUUAGGCCAUCUUACGAGUCUUACAUAUCUAAACCUUUCAAAGUCCUCAUUUUCUGGUCAAAUUCCAUCCGAAAUUUCGAAGUUAUCUAAGCUCUCUGCCAUUGAUCUCUCUUUCAAUUAUGAACAUUCCACUCGCUUGUUGAGACUGGAAAAGGCCAGCCAGCUGAGAAGCCUAGUUCAAAACUUAACCAACCUAAAACAACUUCAUCUUAGCGGUGUUUACAUGCCCUUCACUGUGCCUGAUGUCUUGGUCAAUGCAUCUUCUCUCACUUCUCUCCGCCUAGAAAACUGUGGGUUAAUUGGAGAAUUCCCUGUUGGCAUCUUCCAUCUACCAAACUUGCAGGUUCUUGAUUUGGACACUAUCCAAGACCUGGCAGGUCACUUUCCUGAUUUCAACAGGAGUAGUCCCUUGGAGUAUUUGAAUGUUGCGAGGACAAAUUUCUCUGGUGGCUUACCUGAUUCAAUCGGUAACCUCCGUUCCUUAAAAUUCUUGAACAUUGAGUACCUUGAGCUCCAUCCUCAUGUUCCAUCUUCACUAGGCAACCUUACCCAGCUCAAUUACCUUGAUCUUUCAUUUUUCUUCGACCGUAGUUGCACUCACCAAGACUCACGACCUCAUAAUUUUAGUCUGAUAGAUUCUGAUUCCUGGUCUUGGAUUGGAAAGCUGACAGAACUCUACCACUUGGGCCUUGGGCAUACCUACUUAAGUGGAGAGUUCCCAACUUUUGUGUCUAAUCUGACGCAACUUAGAGAACUUAGCUUGGACCAUAAUCAAAUAACUGGUCAUAUCCCAUCAUGGCUAGUGAAGUUCACCCAAUUAACUCUUCUAAACCUUCGAUUUAACAAUUUGCAAGGAGCAAUUCCUAGGUCACUAUUCCAUCUUCACAAUCUUGAAUAUCUUGACCUUUGCUCAAAUAAAUUGAUUGGAUCAGUUGUGUUCGAUAAUUUUCCCAACCUCAAGAAGCUAAGGGUACUUCAAUUAUCAUCCAACAAGUUAUCUCUGCAGAUUAAAAAUGAUGCGAGAGUUGCUGUUCCAAAGCUUGAAGUUCUGAAAUUGGGCUCAUGUAAUUUAACAGAGUUUCCUGGAUUUUUAAGGAAUCACAGUGGAUUGGUUGAGCUAGACCUAUCAGGCAACUAUAUUCAGGGCCAAAUACCGAAAUGGAUGUGGAACUCAAGUAGAGAAACCUUGUUGUAUCUCAACCUCUCUGGAAACUCUUUAUCUGGAUUUGACCAAAACCUUGUUGUUCUUCCAUGGUCGAAUCUCCUAGUUUUUGAGCUUGGAUUUAACAUGAUACAAGGAUCACUGCCAACUCCACCACCAACAAUCAAAAUUUAUUCUGUUCCAGGCAAUGUUUAUAGUGGAGAAAUGUCAGUAUCAUUUUGCAACUUGAGUUCUCUGCUUAUUCUCGAUUUGUCAAACAACAACUUGAGUGGCCUGAUUCCACAAUGCUUGGGUAACUCCGAUGCUCUGGAGAUAUUGAACCUGCGGAAUAACUCAUUUCAGGGCGAAAUUCCUCCAAUGUGUACCAACGGAAUCAGUUUUAAAUCAAUCGACUUAAGUGAAAAUAUGUUGCAGGGGAAGCUACCAACAUCUAUGGCGAAUUGUACUCGGCUAGAAUUUCUUGCUUUGGCAAACAAUCAGAUCAGUGGCAUCUUACCAGCUUGGUUAUGGGCUCUUCCAGUUUUGAGGGUUCUCAGUUUGCGGUCUAAUAGAUUUCAUGGCACAAUUGGCAUGGCUGCAACAAACCUCGAGUCCUCAAAGUUGUGCAUCAUUGACUUAUCUAACAAUUCUUUUUCUGGAAUGUUGCCGUCUAACUUCAUAGAGAACUGGAAUUGCCUCAAAUCUGUUAGUAUUUAUGAAGAAGGCUCGACAGUAUUCCAAGAUACUUGCAGUAUUGGUGCUGUAACGUAUCCUUAUGAUUACUCCAUGUCACUCUCCGGGAUAGGUGUUCAGCUGAAACCUUUGAAGUACGCUAACUUUCAGAAUCCUUUUCACUACAAAGUCAUAGAUCUCUCAAGUAACAAGUUUGAAGGAGAGAUUCCAGGUGCCAUUGGGAAUCUAGUAGGGCUUCAAAUUCUUAGCCUUUCCAACAACAAUUUCUCGGGUAACAUUCCGUCAUCUUUACGGUACUUGAGAGACCUUUUAGUGUUGAAUUUCUCCCGAAACCAGCUAUCAGGAGAUAUCCUUUCAUCGUUCGGGCACUUACCUAUUGAAGUAUUGGAUCUCUCUUGGAACCAUCUAUCAGGAGAGAUACCCACUACUCUAACACAACUCAAUUUCCUGGCGGUGUUUAGUGUAUCCCACAACAAUCUUAGCGGGCCUAUACCACGUGGAAUCCAAUUGGAUACGUUUGAGAGCAGUUCGUAUCUAGGCAAUCCGGGUUUGUGUGGAUUUCAUUUGCUAGUGAAAUGUGAAGAUUCUGAGAUUUCAAAUCCACCACCUCCAAGCCAUAUUGAAGAAGAUCACCAAGACCCUGGUUUUCCAUUUGAAUGGCGUGUAUUCUUCCCUGCUGGACUUGUUAGUGGGUUGGUUGUUGGAUUUGUUGCUGGGAACACUUUAACAACCAAUAAGCAGCAGUGGUUCGUAGAGAAAUUUUGCAGGAGGAGGAGGCAGCCAAGAGGCACAAGGGGGAGAAGGGCGCACAGAAAUUUUUAA